AUGAGUACAGCACGACAUGACAUGUAUAAGCGCACUGCUAUCUCUGGCACAGCCCAGGAUUUGCGCCAAAGACGAGUAGACAUAAGUACUGCAAUUCGAAAUCGACAUCGUGAUGAGCUCAUUACAUCCAAGAGAUUCCGAUUCUUGUCUAUCAAUGAACCUGAGAUUGUAGACCUUGAAAGUGCAAAGAUACAUGAUAAAUAUACCGAUUUAUUUAACCUGGCAGAGCCACAGGUAAAAUCGCUCGUAAACGAUCUCAAUAGCACACACAAGAAAGUACGCAUGGACGCUGUUGUAUAUCUAGGCGAUUAUGCGUGUAAUCCUUCCGAGGCUUUGGUGAAGUACAUCAAGUCUGGCGAAUGUAUCAAGUCUCUUGUGAAUAUGGUUAUCUGUGAAGUGGAUCCUGUCAUAAUUCAGCAAAUUGUCCAGGUUAUUUCUAAUAUUGCUGCCGGUCCUUAUGACUUGUGUGUCCAAUGUCUUCCUGCUAUUCCUUACCUGGUUACUAUGCUCAAUUCAAAUAACACAGAAAUUCGUGAGCUAGCUUCGUAUGCACUUGGUAAUAUGGCGUCGGAAGAUUAUGACCGUACAUCUGAACAAGACGAAGAGAUUCGCCGAGACAUUAUCUUGAGUGGGGCUAUCCCUCUGUUAAUUCAAAUGUUGGAUUCAAAUGAACCGAAUCUCAUUCGUUCUAGCUGUUUGACUAUGUCUCAUCUGGCCAGAGGUCCUGAGAACCAAUGGAGGGAACUAAGGUCCAAGGCCAUGACCUUGGCUUUGCUCCGUCAUUUGACAAGACAUGGGGCUACCACAGGAACCGAAGUGUGUUGGCUGAUGGGAUCUAUGACAGCAAAUAGUGAACAGUUUCGUAAGCAGAUCAUCGAAGAAGGUCUAUUACCUCUAUUGAUUAAUGUAUUUCAACUACUGAAGUCAGAGGACUGUGCUGUAUUGCCUGCGCUACGAACACUUGGUCACUUAUCAAGUGACUCUGGCACAGGCAGAUAUCUAGUGUUGGAGCCCCAAUUUCUCCCUUGUCUUAUUCAAUUGACGCAUUCAGAAGAUUGGGUUAUUACAAAAGAAGCACUUUGGGUCCUUUCCAAUGUUACGACUAUUAAAAUGGAUGAUAUAGUACAAAUUAUUAGAGAUACUGGCGAGGUUAAACACAUGGCCGAAUUGAUUAUGCAUGGAAAAUUUGAAGUUCGUGAAGAGGCAUCCAAAUGUCUCUUUAAUAUGGUCAUGCACGAUCCACCGUCGAUUGCAGCAUUACCCCACCAAUUUCUUUUACCAGCUUUUCUUGACUUUAUUCAAUCUCAAGAAGAACACCUUAUAAUUCUCGGUCUGUCAUAUGUUGAACUGUUACUAAAAUAUGUCCCAGAGUUGAAUGACAUCAAAAGACGACCUUCCAUUCAUCAUCUUUGUGCCACUAAUAUUGUGCCUUUUGGGAAUUGGCUUCUUACUUUCAAUUCGCAGAGAACAGCAAACACAAUUAGCUCAUGCAUUGGAGGCAGAAUUCACUCGGGAUGCUGUGAUUGAUGAAGACCAGGACCUUAAUGAUUCUGACACAGUUGCAGAUGAGAUUGAAGCUGGAGAUCCAGCCGAAGGCUCGUCAACAGCAACACGUGUCCGUAAGAUUGGAAAGAAACGCGGCGAGAAGUUGAAGCGAAAAGAGCAAAGAAGACAAUACCAAGAGUAUUUGCACCAACAAAAUGAAGUCAGAAAAGCUCAGGAGCAGAGACAGGAAGAAGAGUAUCGACAACGCAAACUAGAGGAAUCUAUUCGACGGGCAGAUGAGUUGGAUCAACUUCGGAAAACUCAAGCCAAGAAUGCAAAAAGAGAGCAAGAUGAACGUCAACGAAAGUUGAAGGAGGAAGAAAGAGAACAAAAGAGGAAAGACGCCAGAUUUGUAAAGUAUAGUGAGAAGAUCAAACUCCUCGUAAAGCAGAAGCUCAAAGUGUGCACUAUGGAAGAGGUCGGGCUGACCUUGGGUAUGGAACCAAAAGAUUGUAAGGAUAUGCUGGAGAUGAUUUGUGCAUUGGAUCCUCAGUUCUCUCUUUGUCUGUGGACAGACGAUACUUUUAUGUUUGUCACUGAGGAAGACUACGGGCAGUUAAAAGAGUACGCUUCUGAGCACGGAAAGUUGUCUGUCAAAGAGGCAGUUGAGCAGGAUUUCUUUCUGGUACUGUGA